CUGGAAUCACGAAGACUAGAACUUGGAAUUGGAGCCACAUCCACCGCAAGUCAAGUUCGAUUCUUUUUUCCUCUCUAAGCAGUCUCUGAGCAUUUCUCAAAUCCCUGUACCGUACCAGAUCGACCAACAACUUCGCCUUCAACAGAUGGAUCUUGCCCCGGAAGAGCUUCAAUUCUUGAGCAUCCCAGAUAUCCUCAGAGAAUCCAUCUCUAUCCCCAAACGAUCCCCAAAAACCUUCUACUUGAUCACCGUAGCCCUAAUUUUCCCUCUUUCCUUUGCAAUCUUAGCUCACUCCCUCUUCACUCAUCCCAUCCUUGCUCAGCUUCAAUCCCCUUAUGACGAUCCGUCUCAGACCCCUCAUGAAUGGACCCUCCUCCUCGUUAUUCAGUUCUGCUACCUCAUUUUUCUCUUUGCUUUCUCUCUCCUCGCCACCGCCGCCGUCGUCUUCACCGUGGCCUCUCUCUAUACCUCCAAGCCCGUGUCCUUCUCCUCGACUUUAUCUGCAAUCCCUAAAGUUUUUAAGCGAUUGUUCAUUACUUUUCUCUGGGUGUCGCUCUUGAUGUUUGCUUAUAACUUGGUCUUUGUUCUUGGCCUGAUUCUGAUGAUUAUAGCAAUUGAUACCCAGAACACCGUUUUGUUCUUCUUCGCUCUGCUUGUGCUUCUCGUUCUGUUCUUGGUUGUUCAUGUGUAUAUCACUGCCCUGUGGCACUUGGCCAGCGUGGUGUCGGUUCUGGAACCAGUUUAUGGUUUUGCUGCGAUGAAGAAGAGCUACGAGUUGCUUAAGGGGAGGACCAAGUAUGCAGCUUUACUUGUGUUUGUUUAUCUGAUCUGCUGUGGAGUAAUUGGAGGCAUAUUCAGCGCCGUUGUUGUGCACGGCGGAGGUUAUUAUGGGGUGUUCACGCGGAUUGUGGUCGGUGGAUUCUUAGUGGGCGUAUUAGUAAUUGUUAAUCUGGUUGGGUUAUUAGUGCAGAGCGUGUUCUAUUAUGUAUGCAAAAGUUACCAUCAUCAAGGGAUUGAUAAGAUUGCUCUGCAUGAUCAUCUCGGUGGCUACCUUGGAGAGUAUGUGCCUCUGAAAAGCAGCAUUCAAAUGGAAAAUUUAGAUGUAUGAUGCAGGGAGACUUUACCAAGUGAAAAUUGAAUUUACUUGGAAUGUAAGUUCAUUUACGUAUCCUGUAAUGAAUUGGUGUAGAAGAAAGGGGGCAGACUUUAUAAAUUGUUGGGUUAAUUUUGAAACUGUGCAGUAUUUUCAUUUGUUUCUUUGAUAGUGCAUCUUGCAUACUCCAAGAGAAUAAUAUGAUAUUAAUUUUAAUUGUAUUUCAUCAA